GAGGCGGUGGUCGUGUUAUUGAGCGGCCCGGCGGUGGAAGUUGCGCUGCAGGGGUGGGACUUUCUUUCUGCAGUCGGUCGGUCGGGGGUGAGCUUCGACUCACACAGAAAUGCCUCUGGCAGCAGCUUUCCAGACUCCAGCGAGCAGCAGCAGAAUCAGACGGACAACUCGGAGCUGAAAAUAAACACUCCUCCUCCUCUUCCUCUCCUUCAUCCCUCUGCUCCUCUUCCUCCCCCAGCUGGCCACGUCUUAAAGCUUCUGGAUGCGCUGAAACGGGAGGAGUGUGAACGCCGUUUCCCUCCCCCUCCUCCGCCCCCCGCCCGGGAUACAUAGACCGGACCGGCACCGGUGUCAUUGAAUGGAGAGAGGCGCCUGAAGAAGGGAGAGCGGUGGAGUUGGUCUACCCCCUUCUCCUCCUCCUCCUCCUCCUUCCUCCCUACUGCACCAAAAGAAAACUCCGGGCUGGCUGCAGCACCAUGUCCUCGGCUCAAAGUGGGGAGAUAUCAGACUACCAUCUGAGUGUGGUGCGUAACCCACCUGGCUGGGAGGUGGGGAUCUACCUGGUAGGCUUCUUCGUGUUGCUGGGUGUGGCCGGGCUCAACAUCUGGAAGCUGUGGAAGUCUGGGACCUUUCCCACGCCGUCCCCCUUCCCCAACUUCGACUAUCGAUACCUGCAAGAAAAAUAUGGAACCUCCUUCUCAGAAGUCAGACAAAAGAGAGUGGCGGCCAACAACCACCGGCGGACCUCCACCACCUCUAGCCGCAAACCCAGCUUGGCCCUCGGCGACACCCCAGAUGGCUUCAGGGACCUGGGCCACCUGGAGCUGAUGAGCAGGGAGCUGGAUCCAAACGGCAUGGCCCAGCUCAACCGCUCCAUCUCCACCGACUCGCUAAGCUCCAUCUCCUCCAUCGCCAACAACUUUGGCCAUGACUUCACAGUCGGCCAGCUGGAGGUGACGCUCGAGUUUGAGCCAUCCAGGCAGCCGGGCCAGGGAACAGGAAUACUCCACAUCACACUGCACCAAGGCAAAGAUCUGCUGGAGAAAGAGGAAGGAGACUUCCCCGGCUGCUUCAUCAGAGUCUCCUUGGGGCCAGAGGAGCUAAAUGUUGGAGUCACACGGGUCCAGGCGAAUGCGUUCACCGUGAUUUUUGAUGAGCGCUUCUCCAUCCCCAUGGACUUGUCCACUUUGGAGGAGUACAGCCUGCGUUUUGCCGCCUUUGGUAUCGAUGCUGACGAGAGAAACAUCAGCGCAGGAGUAGCAGAGCUCAAGCUGUCAGACCUGGACCUGACCAUCAGACCGUUCAAUGCUUGGCUCUACCUUCAAGAUGUCAAUAAGGCUGUCGAUGCAGUCGGGGAGAUCCUGUUGUCUCUCAGCUAUUUGCCGACAGCAGAGCGCCUCACUGUGGUUGUAGCAAAGUGCAAGAACCUGGUGUGGACCAACGGCAAGAACACGGCAGAUCCGUUUGUCAAAGUUUAUCUCCUGCAAGACGGCAGGAAAAUCAGCAAGAAGAAGACUUCCACCAAAAGGGACGACACAAACCCCAUCUUCAAUGAAGCCAUGAUCUUUUCUGUGCCAUCCGUCGUCCUGCAGGAGCUCUCCCUGAGGGUGACGGUGGCAGAGGCCACAGACGACGGCCGGGGCGAGAACCUGGGUCACGUGAUCAUCGGUCCCGAAGCCAGCGGGAUGGGGAUCACCCACUGGAACCAGAUGCUGGCCACUCUGAGGAAGCCUGUGUCCAUGUGGCACCCUCUGCGCAGGAUUUAGUCCUGUCUGCCCUCAUACAUACCAGACCUGUUUCAAGUAAAACCCUCGCUUCUUCAUGUUACUUUUGUUUAGUGCCACGAUCAAAUCUGUUACCCUGAUUUAGUAAGUGGCCCACAGGAGGAUAUGUCUGGUCUGUGUCGUUCUGGUGGCAUGGUUUUUUUUUUUCUGGUAAGUAACAAAUUGGAAGGGAAGGAAUCUGAAAGCAAGUGUUUGACCCUGAACUGGGUGCAUCUGGGUGUAUAUGGAUCGAUUACACAUUUAAAUCCUGUCUUUGGUAUUUGGCUUCAUUCUGGCUAGAAAGGAGCCGUCCAUGGUCCAAACCGUCCAACUCACUCACAGAAAGUAACUAAUGAGGUUUAUAAUUCUGUGCUCCCUACAUUAGCCAGUCAUCCUUUUGGUUUGAGAAUUGAACUGAAUCCUGAUUCCUUCUCAAAGGUUUUGAUCGGAAAUUUCGGUUUGGACUACGAAGUGAGUUUUAAUUAAGAAAAAGUGACCAGGACCCCCCCCCUCCCCCAAAUCCCUUUGCAUGGUGCCUACUCUGGUUGUAGCCUAUUAUAGCUGUCUAGAGAAUGAACGACUGGGUGGAAGGGUGAGAUCACUCCUCUUUCAGGAAAACUCUUAUUUGUCUUUUUAAACCGGUCAUUGAUUGCACCUACGUGAUUGAUUUCGUUCGUAGCGGUUUUAGAGCCGAGUUGAGUUAGGUCUAUUGGAUUUGCUGGUGUGAUUUGUUAACAGUGAGACUGACAAAUAAUAAAGGUUUCAGUAUGUUCAGUAUUUAUUGUGCUUUUGAAAAAAAAAAAAAUCCAGGUACUCUUAUCCAGGUGAAAUAAUUGUAAUUUGUAGCAGUUGUUACAGGGUGGCCAAAUCAGAUGUAAUCAGCAUAUAAAUAUCAUCUUACAUUGUUCUAUUUUUACCAUAAUUAAUGCAAUACUAGUUGCAUAAGCAUAUAUAACAGUGUAAAUAGUGUACAACAACAGUCUUCUCACUGACACUUUUUCCCUAGAUUCUGGGUGCAAAUCAUGUUUUUCAUAGUAUCACACUUUAAUAAACAUCAAACUACAAGUUCAUUUCUAUAACACUAUAUUUAACACUGAUAUCAUUGCUAAUCAAUGAAUUAUUAUUAAAACACCUCUGGGAAUUUAACAUGUGAUGUAGAGUAUACUAACCCCUUUAAAUGGGUUUUUAUGUUCUUUUGUGUUAGAGGAAACACCUUGGUAUUCUGAAUUAAUCUGUACUUCUUUUUCACCAGACCCUUGUCACACUCAUUUUAGCUUGCAGCUUGAAUUUCAAAUGGUAAUACUGCUAAAAUGUUCUUUGGUUAAAAUGAAGAUAAUGUGACAAGAGUUUUGUAAACGUCAGAAUGUCAAGGUGGAUUUUUAUCUGUCUGAGAUAUUCUCUAAAACAUUGUGCAAUAGUGCUGUUUUGUUGUAACUUUUGAAUGUGAAUUACCAUGUGAAAUAUCUCCUAACUCUAAAAGAAUCAUCAGCCUUAUGCAUUGUUGUGAUUUUCGUUUUGUUUUGUUUUAUAUUUUUCCAGCAGAACCUACUCUAAUUUUCUGGUAACGUUCUAACCACAUUCCUCACCUCACAUUGAAAAUCAGUCCAAAAAUAAUAGAUAAUAUUUCCUACUGUGCCAAAUAAUGAAGCAAUAUUUUCAUUUACAAUCAGCAUUUGCAUUCGAUUCAACAAAGCUGUAGCCUACAUUCGA